UUUCAACUUCAAUGUCGCUGGAACGCGACAAACCUAACCUCUCAGAUUAAAACUGUGGCCUUUCAUUUAUUGUUAAAGAGUUUACUAAAUAUAUAAUUAUUAAAUAUUAAACUGCCAUUUUAGUGCGAAAUGUUAAUAACCGUAUAAAUAUUAUCUAUUUUUACUUAGCUAAAUAUUACUUGUUCUUUGGUUACGUGGUAGACUUUUGUUGUAGUCAAUAAUUGUAGGAACAUGGGUAUUUUAGAGAAAAUAUCUGAAAUUGAAAAAGAAAUAGCCAGAACUCAGAAGAACAAAGCUACUGAAUACCAUUUGGGGUUAUUGAAAGCGAAGCUAGCUAAAUACAGGUCUCAGUUGCUGGAGCCGUCUAAGAAAGGAGGUGAUAAAGGAGAAGGUUUUGAUGUGCUAAAGUCAGGUGAUGCCAGAGUAGCUCUCAUUGGGUUUCCAUCAGUUGGUAAGUCAACUCUUCUAUCAACCCUGACUCACACACAUUCAGAGGCGGCCAGUUAUGAGUUCACAACCUUGACAUGUAUCCCUGGAGUGAUAGAGUACCGUGGCGCCAACAUACAGCUGCUCGAUCUGCCCGGUAUCAUUGAAGGAGCCGCUCAGGGCAAGGGUAGAGGACGACAGGUCAUAGCAGUAGCAAGGACAGCAGACUUGGUGCUGAUGAUGUUGGACGCAACCAAGCCUUAUGUGCACAGACAGUUACUGGAGAAAGAGUUGGAGAGUGUGGGCAUCAGACUCAACAAACCUAAACCCAAUAUUUAUUUUAAAGUCAAAAAGGGCGGUGGUCUCUCUUUCAACUCAACGUGUCAGCUGACGAAAGUUGACGAGAAAUUAGUGCAAAUGAUAUUGCAUGAAUACAAGAUAUUUAAUGCUGAGGUGCUAUUCCGAGAGGACGCGACUGCGGACGACCUGAUCGACGUGAUCCUGGCGAACCGUGUGUACCUACCGUGCCUGUACGUGUACAACAAGAUCGACCAAAUCUCCAUACAGGAGGUCGACAGGAUAGCCCGGCAGCCGCACUCUGUUGUUGUUAGUUGUAAUAUGAAACUGAACCUCGACUUCCUGCUGGAAACGCUGUGGGAAUACCUGUCCCUCAUCAGGGUGUACACAAAGAAGCCUGGCCAGCCGCCAGACUUUGACGAUGGUCUUAUUCUCAGAAGGGGCGUGUCCAUCGAGCACGUGUGCCACGCCAUCCACCGCUCGCUGGUGGCGCAGCUGAAGUACGCGCUGGUGUGGGGCACCAGCACCAAGUACUCGCCGCAGCGCGUCGGCAUCGCGCACACCGUGCACGACGAGGACGUCGUGCAGCUCAUCAAGAAGUAGCCCUAUCGCGGCAUGCUACUCAAUACGGACGCGAGGCAGUACAAGGGAAGGGAAUGGUUUCGAGGGUAUUCUUUCCCACGUUUCCAUCCAUGUACGAUUUUCUUAGUUCUGGCAAGAUUUUUCAUAAAAUAAAUAACAGGUUCCCAGGUUCAGCAUUCACUUAAAUUACUGCAAAUAUGAGAGAAAAUUUAGAUAAUAAUAAUGCAAACAUAGGGUUGCUCAGGUCUCUAGUUGAAUCUAUUAUUGUUGAUUUGAAAUCAUCCUAAUACUGGUCAAGUUAUUUUGAGGUCGUGUUUCUUAUACUCUGUCGAACUAUAAUAACUUUAAGAGAAUGCUAUGGCCCCUAUUUUAUUAAUCAUUACCAGUUAUUAGUACUUUUGUACUACCAUACAUUUUGGAAUUCUUAGGUAAUAAAAGGCAAAGUGUGCCUGAAUUUUGCAUAGUAACCUUUCUCUAGUUGUUGCAUAUAAAAUGUUCUUUUAUGAUACGAUACGUCAGAAGUAUCUGAAGCCCCUUAGGACUGUACUGAUGUUGGCUCUGUUUGGAUCAACGACACUUUAAUUGGUUUAGGAGUUUAAAAGGUGGAAGAAUCCACCAUAUAUCAAAUUACAAGUAGAGUUUGCUUACAGGUGUUCAUAAUGAGGAUACUAGGCUGAUAUUUACGAAACGAUUUGAAUGUUAGUCAAAACCGCUAGUAAUUUUAAUUCGAAUUGAUAAUGUGAUUUUAAAUUUUUAUAUAAACCUGCAAUGCACAGCACUCGGUACUGUUCAAACGUAUUGAAGACUACUUAAUUGUAAUGUAGGAGUAUGGAAUAGCUGAUGAUUCAGUUCUGUUACAUAUUAUAUUGAAUGAAUCCUUUUUUGUUAUCUUUACGCUACGCUACGCCAGAGCUAUGGUAGUGACUGAAAUAUUAAUUCAAUGUUAUUUCUAGUUAUUUCCACAUACACAUUAUAUAAUACGACUAUUAUAUUAUAGUUAGUUCAAGUUUCACAAUACAUAAAUAACACAUCAUGUUAUGUUUAAGCCGUAUCUAUUUUAAGAAAAUUGUUACGAUUUGUCAUUGGAUUUGACUUUGAGCAGAUGUUAUAUUGAAGGACAAAUUAGUAGGCAAUUAGACAUCAGAUAUAAGGUUUACAUUAAGGCGACUGGUGAAUGUAUAUACUGAGUUGGGAUUUAUAUUUCCUGUUUGAGAGAAAAUCCUAACUUUUUAUAAUGUUGACCUGUUUCUUUCUUUAUGGUUUGAUACAUCUGAUGGCUCACUGUAGACUUUUUAAUUUGUAACUUUCAGUUUUAAAUUGAUCUAGUUGACGUAGGCCAACUAAUUGUAGUAUAAUUCUGUGAGUCAUCGGGUUAUUUUAGGCAUGACAUGUGACUUUUUCCAUGCGUGCCUUAUCAUAUGUUAUAUUGAUCCAGUCGCCGAAAUAUAAAAUUGUUAUUAAGAUGAUAGAUUCGUUAAUAUUCUCACAUUUUACAUUAUAUAUAUCAAGCGUUUUAUCUUAUAUCAGCGUAAGAUUAGAAUUGAUUCAUAUUUUCCUAUGUACUCAAUUUAGUGCCUGAAUUAAUACAAAGCCAGUAACAGCGAGCAAUAAGUAUUUAGUUGUUAUUUAAUGUGUUUGUACAGGUAAAGUUCAUAUUGUAUAUAUAUUCAUUAUACUUUUUGCAUUGAAAUAAAUUAACUUUUUUUAAAUG